GUCCCUUCGUCGGCCAGAUCCACGAACGUUAGAACAACAUCCAUGCGAGCUCGAUGGAGGGGCUCUAGUGGCGUGGCGUCAUCGCCACAACAAGACAUCAUGUCGGAAGAGGUGAUUCAACUCUUUGGGGGCGCUCACCUGGCGACGCCGUCCAAAAUCGACGCCAUGAACCCCGCAGAUGUCAACGUCAUUCGAGCACUCGUGAGCAACACGGAUCUCGUGGAACGGUUCGCCCACGAAAUUGCAUUGUAUGACAAGCUCGACCAUCGCAAACCCGAGGACACACUCCGGCGGUUCAGUUUGAAUGGGGACAACAAGCUCGACUUCAACGAGUUCCACCCAGCUCUCAAGCGUCUCUUUGGCCACGCGAUCUCGCACAUGCAAUCGAAGGACCUUUUUCGAGUGUUUUGCCCCACGUCGGGGAAAAAGCUUGAUAUUGAUCAGUUUUGCCAGAUCAUGGGCCACUGGUGCCAAGUCGCCAAACGCAUGAAGGAUCAAGAGUACAUUUCGUCAACGUCUAGGCCACCGUCGAACCAACCCACGGGAGGCGACACUCCCUUGUCGACCCUCGACAACAACUCGAACAUUCGACGAGGGCUCGAUCUGGCUGCCAAACGCUACGACAAGCUGAACGCGAUUUGUCUCAAAAUGGAUGUGGGGUGCACUGGGUGUCUUUCCAAGGAAGAGUUUGAGCUCGCGAUGACGCACGUCGGAGUCAACCUCAACACACAAGAGUACGAACGGCUGUACGUGCAGUUGCCGGCGACCGUGCGCCACGCCCCGUCCGAUGGAAUCUUCUACACCGGGUUCCUCGCCAUGCUGGGGGUCAAGAUGACCCAUUUGUUUCAGAAUCAAAAGUUGUGGGAAUUGAUGCUGCAGCACGGCGACGUCCUUCGCAAGUAUUUGACGCAUUGCCAGAAGCAAGGAAAAGACGCAAUGUCGCCCGACCACUUUCGUGACCUCUUGGGCCACUGCGGCAUCACAUUGUCCAACGGCGACUUUACCGGUUUGCGCAUGCGCAUGCAGGAAUUCCAAGACGUCGAUGGCAACAUCAACUUGACCGACUUCCUUGCUGCUCUCAAUGACAAGGCAUCCUUUCUCGCCAACAGCACGGGCCUCGUCGGGUGCACUGGCCCUGCGUCGCCCCACCGGCGGGGCAAGAAAAUCGUCGACACGCAUGAAAUGUGCGUGUCAGCGGCCGGGAAAUCCACCGAGCAGCGCAAUUCCGAAGCGCAGAUGUGUCGAGGCAAGACGACUGACGUGGCGAAAAAACCAACGUUCUCCAACUUGUACAUGCAAAACGUGGCGAAUUCGCCUGGCGCGACUCCCGCUGCAUCGGGCGUCCCGUCCUUGGAAGAGCGCAUUCUGUCGAAAAUGCACACGUUCCAGGCGAUGGGGUACACGCACUGCGCGACAUUCAAGAGCAUUUUCCCUGGCGAUCGAUUCGGCAAGAUAACUCGUGGUCAUUUCCGACAGUCCUUGGCCCAGCUCCACAUGGUAUCAAGGCAUGCCGAAGUGGAAGCGUUGUUCUGGAAGCUUGAUCCGGCCGGACGAGGGUAUAUCGGAGCACACGAGCUGCAUAGUCACUUGCAAAAACGGCAAGACUGCUCGAGCGAUUCCGCCGUUGCAGGGACGUCAACGGUAUCCCUGCAGGAAAAAGCCACAGAGGGAACCGAGGUUGGGCAAUCAACGACCCAGCGCCAUCCUCCGCUCCGACUAGACGAGAAGAAGGUGUUCGACGCGUUAUACGAAAAGAUUCCUGACGUCGUUCGCGCCUGUCAAGCCGUCGACAGCGGCAAGACGGGCGCGAUUUCCCGAGGGGACUUUGUUUGGGCACUGCAGCAGGGCGGUGUCAUCCUUUCGCAAGCUGAUGCGUCCCAUGUUGUCGCUGCGCUCUCGUCGCGAAAGGAUGGCGUUGUCAUGUACGACCAAAUAACCGACACAAUCGCCACACUGCUGCAGCUUCCCGGGACCAAGGACUCGACGAAGAGUUCGCGUCAGCAUUUGUCGAAUACGUCCGUGCUUCUCGAUCAAGAUUCCUCCGUUGUCGAGUCCACCAGACCUCCAGAGGCCGUGAAGAAGGUCCAGGACUAUCCCGCGAGACGCUCCAGCCUCCAACUUGGAUACGGCUAUGACGAUCCGUCAGCUCAAGAGAUGAGCGAGCGAAACCUGACGUCCAACUUGCACUCGAAUGCGUCGUUGUACCACCAUGUCCCCGAGCCAGAAAAACUCGAGCGUGCGCUCCGGCAGCGACACGCGCGACGAGUCUUGCUGAUCCAGAACAUCCUGGAGCGGCGCAGCGACUUGAAAAUGUGCUUUGACAUGAUGCCGUACCGCCAGACGCCGCGCGGACUCGUCCUUCUCACGGUCGACGAGAUUGCAGACAUUCUGAGCUGUGCUCGAAUGAACAUCCAUUUCAAGACGCCGGACGAGGCCAAGACGCUGUUGCGCGAGAUCGUCCCGCCCAAUUUGGACAAGUUGAGUUUCGUGGAGCUUAUUCGAGUGCUGACGAUGGCUCAGCGCAUGGAGCCUGCCCCAGAUGAAGACUGGCCGCCGCUUGUAGCAAGUCCCUGUCGUGGCCAGGAUGCGUUGAGUCCUGCGUGCUGCGAAGUGUCGAUCCGCGCCAAACUGCUCCAGUUCAGCACGCUCAAGGACGUGAGCGUCAUGCAGUGGAACACGACAGGAGCCAUCAUUGUCCGACAUGCGUUCAAGGGUCUGUCGCGGGAUACCGUCGCGACGUCGUCAUCCGGCAGCACAUUCGAUGCAUUGUGUCGGAACGUCGACUUGAAGCACAUAUGCACUCGCCUGGCCCUCGAUUUGACGCAAACGGAGCUGCAUUUCCUCGUUACCAAGAUCGACGUGGGAAAACAGGGUUUCUUUAGCUCGACCGCGCUCUUUCAAGCAUUUACUCAGCUGUUGUACGCAUUGUAAGGCACAACUCUUGAUUGAGUGUCGGAAGGUGGACGGCUGUGCCGCGUCCGUGAAGCGAG